AAAUCUACGACAGUGUGGCCGACGUCCGUCGUGUGUAAAGCUUUUGUUAGUAGGCCAUGGUGGCGCGUAGUGAAAGCAUGUUUGGGUGCUACGAUAGCUACUCGUACAGACUCUGGAGCCUCGCUAACGUAUGGAGCACCUGUCAAUUCCCAUCCAUUGCCAACGGUUUAACAAAAGAAGUAGAAGAUCUCAAUUCUACACCAGAAUACUUCAUAAAAUGUCCACAAUGUCAGAAAGGUUACCAAAGCUUCCAAGCGCUCAAGGAACACAUGGAGACCGCGCAUCCCGAUAUAAGUUCCGUAGAAAACGCAGGAGGUGCGAUUCCAAAUUCCGUCUCACCGACUCCAAGUAUAUUAGGGCCAAGCGGACCUUACGGAUGUUCACAGUGUGCGACAUCUUUUACAUCUAAAGACCAAUUGGAAAAGCACGAACUUUUACAUUCGCCUAACGCUCAAGUGUCAUGUAAGAUUUGCAAUAAAACAUUUGCAAAUGUAUAUAGACUACAGCGGCACAUGAUAAGUCACGACGAAAGCGCAGUUUUACGCAAAUUUAAAUGCACCGAGUGCGAAAAGGCAUUUAAGUUCAAGCAUCACUUAAAGGAGCAUAUACGCAUCCAUAGCGGUGAAAAACCAUUCGAGUGCGGAAAUUGUGGAAAAAGAUUUUCGCAUUCGGGUUCCUAUUCUAGUCACAUGACGUCAAAAAAGUGCUUGGUGAUGAAUUUAAAACUGGGGCGAGCUCGAGGUUCGCCUGGAAAUGCUCUCUUAGACAAGACAUCGGCACAAAGCAACAGAAAUGCAAAACGAUUACCCGGAAACCCACUAAAUAAUAACAUAACCACCAGUCCUAAUCACAACGCAUAUUUGCCAAUUCUGCCGAAGUACACAGAAGCCGCUGCUGCCUUUUUGCACACUUCUCUCGCUUCUAACCACGGCAUCCUUCCUUUCUCAUAUAUGCCUCCUACGAGCUUGCUCAACAAUUCUGGUCCCACUAUAAGUCCCUAUACCAUGCCUUCCUUAAAUCACAUCCUGGAGCAACUUCAAGGAGCGUCACCCCACCGUCCGCAAUACAUAGAAGCGCCCGAAGAUAUGAGCGUUACAAAUUCAACUGAAAGCAUAAAACGAGAAGCCACUUCGCCCAAAUUAACUGAACCUGCUAUUAAUUUUAAGUCGAAUUCAUCUAGUUGUACGGAUCUCGUGAUGGCCACUGAGGGAGAGAAUGGCAACCCCGAUCAAUGUGUAUCAAAAGACGAUGGAAGUUCCACAGACAUUAAUAGUAAUGGUAGUGAUUUAGAAGCAGUAAAACGCAUUUUGGAGACCGUAAAUGCCUCGGUGACUAAGCAGUUAUUACAAGCCAAUAUGCAAAAAUAUACAACGGACAUAGAAAGUGACGAUAGAGCGACCCCACCACCAAGAGAGAAUUCUCAAAGUGAGUUAACAUGUAAUGGAUGCAAACAACGUUUUUCAAAUCGGCGUACACUAGAUGAACACGAAUGUGAUCAAACGGAUAUUAGAAGCGAAGGUUUAGCAGCUAAAUUAGAAGAUGCCGUAAAUAUUAAACUCGAAGACAGUCACAGCGGGAAUUACAGUUGCGAUGAAUACGAGAUGGAUUCCGAUCGUUUGGGCGAUAAGGGUUACGAUUACGAUAUGGAUUGCGAGUCUGUCACCACCACCGACCAGGUAUCUGAAGACGGACGAAAAGUGAGGGUCCGGUCGUUAAUUGCCGACAAGCAGUUAAAAGUUUUGAAAGAUCAUUACAACAUGAAUCCAAGACCAAAACGGGAGGAGCUAGUUAAAAUUGCUGAUAAAAUCGGUUUUCCCGUUCGAGUAGUGCAAGUGUGGUUCCAAAACACAAGAGCUAGAGACAGACGUGAAGGUAGAUUAAUACAAGUACCCUACAGUCCGAUCGGUACAAUGCCACUACAGUUACCCCCAUCAAUGGUGCCUUCCAGCUCUCAGUCGCUAGGUCACAGAGUAAAUUACCCUCUAGUGCCAUCACCUCAAUACAACUCUGAGCAACCUCUAGAUUUGUCAACGAAGAAAAGUCCUCUGUCCUCGCAUUCGUCUCCUAGUGGAUCGCCGCAAAGGCCGCCUUCUUCAAAUCCCCAUUCAGACUCCGGCGAAGAAGUUGUCAAUCUGUGCCAUAAAUCUUCACGAAGUCCGACGCCCUUCCACCAGUCGUACCAAAACCAUUACCAACACUCAAACUCCUCAUCAGACCACCAUCGUUCACCCUCCCCUUUAGACUUCAACAGUACCAGCAAAUUGGCAAGGAUCUUAGCACAACCCACCCACUCUCUUUCACUGUCCAACGUCGGACUGGUUCCUAUGGAUGGGUUUAUGCGCUUACCGGCGUUAACGCAACUUAUAAAUAACAGAAUUUCAAGUUUAAGUCCCACUUCCGGUAAAAGAUGUUGGAGUGAAGAUAGUGAAUCAUUAGCACAUCAAGACGCAAUUCACGAUGAACUCAGCAAACGCAGCAAAAUUUCGCAGAUAGUCUUAAAAGGUUUGAAUAGCCCAAACCUUGGAAACAUUGACGGAGAAGUAGAAGGACAAUUCAUUUGUGACCAGUGUGAUAAAUCCUUUUCAAAGCAGAGUUCACUUGCUCGCCACAAAUAUGAACAUUCAGGACAACGACCUCAUAAGUGUGAUCAGUGCGCUAAAGCAUUCAAACAUAAACACCAUUUGACAGAGCACAAACGUCUUCACAGUGGAGAAAAACCGUUCCAGUGCAGCAAGUGCCUCAAACGCUUUUCGCAUUCAGGAUCCUACAGUCAGCAUAUGAAUCACCGCUUCUCGUAUUGUAAGCCGUAUAGAGAGUAAGCUAUCUAUAUAUUUAAUCUGCUAUUGUGCAAUGUUUCAAAAUACUCGUUCACUUGCCCUUUUGAUUUGCCAGAGUGAGAAUUAUUGUAUUAGUGUUAAUAUGAAUUUUACAAGCUACUAUAGUUUAUUUUAUAAUUUCACAUUUUUUAUACCGUGAAUGCAAUUGGAAAGUAGGUUGUUGGCGAAUUUAUGAAUUCAGAGUAUUAUCUGGAUGUCAAAGAUAGAGAUUUAGUUGAUCAAAAUAUCAACAUAGUACAUUUUUCAUCAAUUCCUUAUGUAAGUGCUUUGUGAACUGUGUGAGAAGAGCAUGCAAUUUCGAAAUGAUUUCCACUUUACGUUUAGUAUCAUUUGCAUCACAUUUUUCACAAGAAAACAUCUAGUCAUUAUUUAUAAAUUUUAAUUGCAAGUUUUACAUUUGCAUAAGCCAUCACAUUAUUACAAAUAAUAGUAUAAUUAAAUUUCCUAUAAAUACAUUAAAUUGAAACGUUCCUGUUUGAUUUACCUCAAGCAGUUAUAGUUAUAGCUUUAUUUUUCUGUGUUCCUUGGAUCAGAACACAUAAUGAGAUCAAAUAUUUUAUUCUCUUCUCUCACUUUCCAAAGAGAUUAAAAAUAAUGUUGGAUCAAUUACAAUCAUUGACGAAAUGCGCGAGCCAACAAUAACCGAUCUUUCAACUGAUCGAAUUGAAUUGAAUUUGAGUGAUGUCUGUUUAGUUGUAUAUUUUCUAUUUUAUCGGUCAUUUUAGACUUGUUUUAUGUUUUGUUAAAGAUCUUAAUUUUUUAUUACUGUGAUCAGUAUGCAGCAAAUUUCAUUGCUUUAUAUUGCGCAACAUUAAGUUUAAACUCAUUCACUCGAACUCUUGCUGCAUAUGGACCAAUAUGUUUUAUCUUUAUAGUUUUACUAUUACUUUAAAACUCUACUACUAACUGUAAAGCUGGUGUAUAUCGUUGUUAUACACAUUUAUUUAUAAAUAUUGUCCGGUACCUGUUAAAGAAUACUCAUUAGGCGUAUACAAAAAGAUAUGUAUGUGCGUAUUAGUGCCAAAUAGAAUCAACUGUCUUCCGCCACAAGGUUGCAGUGGUACCGACAAGCAGGCGAGGACACAAGAGCAAUGUAUCGAAUGUUUAGUCAUUACGUGCAAUUGGUUUUUACUAACUUGAACAAUUAGUUACCAAGAAUAAUUAGUCACUGAUAUAACAAUUUAUUGUGAUCAAAUAUAAGCCAUUAUUUUUUUAUUAUAGCCUUUGUACAUAUGUAAUAUUUUGCUUUGUAAGUGCCAUACACCAACGAAAUUGAGCCUAUUUGUGAUUCGAUACACACAGCUGGUUUCGAUACAUCGAUAAUAUGUAAUAAUUAUCUAUUAUAUAAAAAUAUUAAGACCUGCCUUUAGUUUUAUAUUAAAAGUACAAUAAGGGCGAGCGAUCAGCAAAGCCACUGCACAUCAAGUGUUACUUGACAAUACGUAGAACUGGUAGAUUCAACAAUACAAUGAACAAAUGGUGCAAGUGUUAUUUGCUAGGUUUAUAGGCAUUUAAUUUAAAUACCUACUACUGUAAGUUAACGGUGUUUAAGUUACCAAUUUAGGAUAUUUUAGAAUAUACAAGAGAGUUUCAAAAAUUAGGGUUAAUAUGAAAUCAUUCCAAAUUAUGUACCUAAUAUAUAUUAUAAUUUCCAGUGUAUGAACUUUAUAAAUGAGAUUUGUUGACAAUAACUUAGCCAUUUGAUAUAAACAAUAUAUAUUAUAAAUAUAUUAUUAUGAUUAGUACUGCUAAUUUAAGAUUUACUAUAAAGGUAGCAUUUAUUACUGAAUCUCAAAGUGUGGGAGAACAGUUUCAGAUAUUAAAAAAUUAUAUAUAUUGACAAAAUAUUAUAUACAACAUUAAUGAAUAAAAAGUUUUAAUUAAGAUACUCUCUAUGAAUCUCUGUGUAUACCUUGUACAUAUAUAUUAAGUGUUCACUUGUUUUUGUCUCUUUAUUCAAUUGUAUGAAUAUUAAAUGUCAUUUUGAAAUUUCUCUUAUCAUCUCUCUAUAUUUGUAACUGCGUUAAUUUAAUUCCAAUACUCUUAAGGACUUUUUAUUAUUUUGUAUAAUUUGUUUUUCAUUAUUAUCUAUCAAUGGCUAGUAUAACCAAAGAUUGUGUAGUAUAUGUAGCCAUUAAUUUGUUUAUUUUAUAAUAUGUUCCAUAUAUUUCGUACAUAGUCUACUGUUGUAUUUUUUUAUAUUGAUGGUCUUGUAAAAACGGUGGCUCUAAGAAAAAGUAUGUGUAAAUUCUUAAACAUUAAAUAUAUUAAUUUAAAAAGUUGGAAAUGUAUUUUACCCAAUACAAUAAAAUUACAUAAACAACUUCAA